GAAAAUUCGUAAACAUUUGUUUAUUACUGACUAGAUAUAAGUGGUUAUUUGAGUACCUCCCAAUAUAUUUAUAAUAAUGGCUACAACGGGCGUUUUAUUUAAGAGCUCCGCAACAUCCGCUGGAAUAGCGUGCCUAUUUUGUGCAAUAUGUUUUUUUGCUUUACGUUUAAAUAUUCCAUGGUUUCGCGCAACACAACUAAAUACCAUUUUUGGUGGAUACGUUGGAUCUUGGCUGUUUUUAAUGAGUUUAACUGCAGUGUCAAAUAUUGAAAUGAUAUUGUUUGGAGCCGAUUACCAAGCAAAAUUUAUUCCGGAGAUUUUGUUUUGUAUAACUUUGGCUACAGCCGCCUCAGUUAUGGUCCACCGUGUUAGUGCAACAUCUUGUGUUUUAUUCUCCAUUAUUACCCUGUAUUUUGUACACGGAGUUUCGGUGAAAUAUUACGGAAAGGGAUUAACAACUGCGGAGGCGAUAUCAGCUACAAAAAAGGGUGGCAAUAAAAAAAAUAAAUGAAUUGAAAAAAAAAAGUUAGGCAACAAAAUAUCAACUAAUAACUUUUG